UUAAAUUACUAAUGAUUUAUUUUCUGUUCACACAGGAAUACAGGUAUACUGAAAAUUAUUGAAGAAAAAAAUAACAUUAAAAAUGAUUAAAUAAAACAAAUAUUUGCCAAGUUUUAAAUAACACAAUGUUUAUUUGCCUUUGUUGUAAGGAAACAGAAAAGCAUUUAAAUGAAAAAUCCAGCUCAAAAGUUGUUGCUGGCCGAGAAAAUAUUGAGGGAGACAAAAUGGAAGAACAAGCCCUAACAACAGUUUCAACUCAAUCUACAUGAAAGAGUUUCCAUGUCUGAAGUCCAGCAGAGACCCCAACAAAACCCCAAUGAAACAAACUGAGGGGCACUUACGAUUUUCUUAUUAAGUAUUGUAAAACGUAGCAGCAAUAUGAAUGAGCUAACAUAACCUUAUUACAAAAUUGUAUAUCUGCACUAUUCACUUUCUAAAACACUUCUUUUUUUUAAAGAAACAGUAUAUUAAAUUAGUUUAGUCACAAUAAAUAUUUGUAUAGAUUUAUAAAAAAAGUAUUAUUAAUUAAUUAAUUAAUUUUAGGAAAUUAUAUUAAAACAGGCUUUUUUAAUAACAAAAAGUAUGUGUUCACUUACAUUUUAUUUAAUAGACUAUGGUCUACUUCAGUGAUAACCUUUAAAAACUGUUUCAGCAUUUUGUAGAAAUGUUUUUAAAUUAUUAUUUGUAUUAUUAUUAUUAUUAUUUAGGCUACUGAAUAUUGACUAGUUGUAUUUGCAUUUUAGUUGGACGGGCACCCUCUUGGUAAUAUUUUAGUAGCCUACAUGUUCAGUAAAGCUUGCGUUACAAACGUUUUUAUACAUUCUAUGGUUACAACCACCAAAUAAGUUAUAUUUUCUUUUCGUGGUCAGCUGCGUGUGGUGUCCACGUUUGGAAAUAAAGACAAUCGACAGCUUCUGAUAUAUAUAUUUUUUAGCGAUUUUAUUUUUAUUCUUCUCUCUCUCGCUGGUGGAAUUUUGUUUGUAUUGUGUGACGUAGACCAGUGUAGGCGAGGUACUUGCAUGACGCGGCAUGACAUCGGCCUCUGUGCUCGAGGUCCGACUCCCGAGGCCCGAGGCUAUUAGCUCCGCCCGGCUCGCUGUUAGCUCCGGCUUGAGGAUAGUGGAAAAGCGGCUGAUGAUGGCAGAAGACUGUACACUUGCGAGAUGGACUGAGAACACUGGGCUUGGUCUGUCCCGACGCCAUAUCAGAAUACAAACUGAAACAACGCGGCUAUAUUUCGAGACAACCAACGUCUGUGACUUAUGUUUUGUGAAAGUAGAAGAAGUGGUAUUAGCCCUUUCUGCAAUUUUCCGAAGAAUGCAUAUGUCUGCAAGAAGCUUGUGGAAGCAUGACCUGUAGAAGAACUGAGACUUGAAGAGUCUUGAACUACUGUCACCUUGACUUUCAGUUUUCUACGAAAUCACUCCAUAAUGUUUACAGUUAAGAGAUAAAUCUACCAUCUAUCAUCGCAGGAAUCAAAGCUUCCGAAGGUUGUGCUGUAGACAGCACAGUACUAAUGACAUCCAAGAUCGACUGAAUAAAUCUAGACUGUGGCUAUGUUUGCUUUAAGGAUCAUUAUUUUUAUUACACUAAUUGUUCCUCUUAACUAUAAACUUUGUUCCUGUCAGUGUUCUCAUGCUGAAUAUGAGAUACACAAGCAAUGCUGCCCAAUGUGUGCCCCUGGAAACCAUGUUCAUUGGCACUGCACAGAUGACACCAGCACAACCUGUGUUCCAUGCCCUUCAUCAACUUUCACUGAUGAACCAAAUGGUCUCACUGGAUGCUUUCCUUGUACUGUAUGUGAUGCAAGCCGUGGUUUAAGAGUGAAUAAAAAAUGCACUCGGUCAUCAGACACUGUUUGUGGGCCUCUAGAGAGAUUCUACUGCAUUGCAAAAAAGAAAGGCUACUGUUCUUUAGCUUUGCAACAUUCAGAAUGUAGCCCUGGCCAAUAUAUCAAACAAGCAGGUACUGGCUCUACAGAUACUGUAUGUGCUGACUGUACAGGUGACACAUAUUCAAAUGGAUCUUUCUCAUCCUGUUUAGCACACACAAAAUGUGAGGCCCUGGGACUUACUGAAACAAAUCCAGGAACAAAUUCAUCUGACACCAAAUGUGCAAAUCCCUCUACAGCUGUAGCAAUAACUGCCCCUAUUGUUAUAGUUACUUUAAUAAUAAUUUUAGUAAUAUUAUUUUUCAUAUUUAAACAUAUUUGGAAGAAGAAGCAAUCAAAAAGUACAGGUAAGGGCUAUUCAGUUAUAUUUUGUAAUAUGAGAUCUAUGUUGUGUUUUUUAUAUAAUGGAAUUUUCUUUGAAAAUUCAUCAAUUAUUCCAGGCUGGGUCACUUUGAUAAUCAUUCAUAUACACAGUAUAUUGCUACAUUUUAAAAUGAUGGUGUUGUACAGAGGAUUUUCUACAGAUUUAUUAUUAUUAUUAUCAAUUUAAAUUUUUGUGAUAAAGUAGCAUUUAGAGGUUUGGGGUAAGAAAAAAACAAAAAAUAAACAUAAAUCAGUGGCAUUCAUUUUAAUGAUUCUAUACAAAUAAUAUCAAAUAAAUCGUAAAAUAAAUUACAUCAGGGUUUCCACAAAAAUAUUAAGCAGCAAAUACUGUUUUCAACUAUAAUAAUAAUAAUAAAAAAUGUAUAACGUCAUGUUAGAAUGAUAGUCUUGUGACACUGAAGACUGUAAUAAUGGCUGCUUAUGGCUGUAUAAUAUUGUAAAAUACAUUAAAUUAUAAAAUAUAUACUAUUUUACGGUAUUAAUGUUUAAACUGUGUUUUUGAGCAAAUAAAAUCACUUUUGGUGAGCAUAAAAGAUGCAUUUCUAAACCAACAAAAAAUUAUUACAAAUAUUUGACAGGUAGUUUUUUGUGAGUUACAUUAAUAUAUACUUUUUUUUGUUGUUGUUGUUCAAACAGGGAUACAGGAAACAGGUUUACCGUUUACUGUUGAAAAUGACAGUUCUAAAGUUGAUGGUGACAGGAAAAUUGCUGAACCAUUUGAAACAGAAGUCCUGACAACCUGUGAAUGACUACAGUUUCUACACUACUCAGAUCUUUCACUACAUUUAUCAAAGGAGUGAGAUUUAGCAGUUUGAGCCAGAGUCAUUGAAACAAGUCAAACAGCAUCAAAUUAUUUUGUCAUCAUCUAUUUAAUCAACUACUAAUGAACUACUGUGUGUGUCAAGCCUAAAAAUAAUAAUAAUAGUAAUAUUUAACGUAGCAACAAGUACAUGAGACGGAAUAAAACUCCAUUAGCACUUUCUAUAAGACGGCAUCUGACAGUAUUUAAAUGUUUUUUUAUAAGUAUUAUACAAAGGCUAAUUAUCGAUCAAGUGCAUGCAAAAAAACCUUGUCAGACUGCACUGGCAAAUAUGAUGAUCUGUAUGACAAAAAAUGACGAAGUAUUUUAAAAGCAAAUGAUCGCAAAAUAAAAUGUUGGUUAUAUACAUAUAAAAA